UCCACAACAGGUGACACUUUUUGGCUUGCUCAAUUUCAUAGAUGAGUUAUGGUCGAGCUGCGAGGAUGAGAGGAUAAUCGUAUUCACGACGAACUACAAGGAGAAGUUCGACACUGCCCUGCUACGGCCCGGAAGGAUGGACGUCCAUGUCCACAUGUCAUCCUGCACCCCGUGCAGGUUCAAGCUCCUCACCGCCAAUUAUCUAGGAGUGAAGGACCACAUCUUGUCCAGGGAGACCGAGGAUCUCGUCCGUGCCGCAGAGAUCACGCCAGUAGAAGUGGCAGAGCAGCUUCUAAAGGGCAGGGACGAGCCCAACCACGCAUUUAGGGACAUGAUCGAGUUCCUCAAGGCGAAGAAUAAAGAAAAUGAGGAACUCAAGGCCAAGAAGAUUCAAGAAGAGUUGGAAGAAAAGAAGAGGAGGAAGAUAAGAAAAGGAAAGAAGAGGAAGAAAUGAAGGGGAAGGAUGUAAAAACAGAUAAUGACGACAAA